CUACAUUGAAGUAUCAACUGAUUGACUUAUGUUUAUGUUGAAGAAUGGGCGAUUAUGAAUAAGAACAAGAUCAAUUAAGCGGAUAUGUCGAAAUGGACAAAAUUAUAGCAUGGAUAAUACAUUUUUGUAUCAGUGCAACAGCCCCGGCUACCCAUGGCCCCGCCGAUGCUUCCGCACUCCCGGCUGAACCCCGCGACCGAUGACCACGCCCGAAAUCCGGGCCGGAUGCCAUCGCACGUCCCACCCGCCUAGCUCCUUCUCCACCAAAGGCACCCCGUUUACUCCAAGAGUGGAGGAGCAAUACUCAAGACAAGGUAAAAUUAAGUUUACGUAGCGCCAUCAUUGUCAGUGUUAGCUCAGUAAUCAGUGAUCGAUAAAACACUACAGUGUAUCACAAAAGUGAGUACACCCUUCGCAUUUCUGCAGAUAUUUAUAUCUUUUCAUGGGACAAAACUGGCAAAAUGACACUUUGACACAAUGAAAAGUAGUCUGUGUGCAGCUUAUAUAAUAGAGUUAAUUUAUUUUUCCCUCAAAAUGACUCAAAAUACAGCCAUUAAUAUCUAAAACCCCUGGCAACAAAAGUGAGUACACCCCUUAGAAACUACGCACAUUCCUAAAUGUCCAAAUUGAGUACUGCUUGUCAUUUUCCCUCCAAAAUGUCAUGUGACUCGUUACAGGAGUUCUGUCAGCAUUGCUGCAGAGAUUGAAGAGGUGCGGGGUCAGCCUGUUAGUGCUGAGACCAUACGCCGCACUCUACAUCAAAUUGGUGUACAUGGCUGUCACCCCAGGAGGAAGCCUCUUCUGAAGACGGUACACGAGAAAGCCUGCUGAAGACAUGUCAACAAAGCGCAUGGAUAACUGGAACCAUGUCCUAUGGUCUGAUGAGACGGGACAUGAUGUGAGACGGUGUGAUGCCUUUGAUCAGGAGAGCCAUUGAACCUCGGCACCUGUGCCAAACUGCAGUGCCCACCGGGAUUGAUAGCGAGCUGGAAUGUGUGAACAACAACACCUUGUCAUCAGUCAUCCGUCAACUCAGUAGUCUGAGUAAACAUGCAGAAAAUGUAUUUGGUGAUCUUUUUGAUGAAGCCAACACAUUUUAUACACGCGCAAACUCUCUCCAAGACCGUAUUGACCGCUUGGCUAUCAAAGUCACUCAGCUUGACUCCAGCGUGGAAGAAGUCUCUCUUCAGGCCAUAAACUUGAGGAAAGCAUUUAAAAGUUCCAACAUCCAGGAUCAGCAGGUGUUGUCCAAAGGCAGCACUCCAAGCUCAGUGACUGACAUGUAUGAGAACAGCGACCGACCUCCUCCUCUGAGAGACCUCACUGAUUACAGAGAGGAUGGCAGUGAUGCAAUGAAGUUCUACUCAGACCCAUCUUACUUUUUUGACUUGUGGAAGGAGAAAAUGCUGCAGGACACCGAAGACAAGAGGAAAGAAAGGAGAAGGCAGAGAGAGCAAAAACGAUGCGUGGAAAGCAGUACUCUCCAGCGCCAGGUGAAGAAGGUGAGAAAGGCUCGAAACCGCAGACACGAGUGGAACAUGAUGGCCUUCGAUAAAGAGCUACGACCAGAUCACCGCCAUCCUCAAACCCUGCGAAGAGGAGCAUCUUCCGAGGGCUCCCUCUCCCCAGAGGGCAGACCUGACCUUCCAGACUAUCCCACCCCUCCUGUGCCAGGCAACAGUGCUUCUAACAAAAUCAAGUCACAUGGGAACGGGCAGCUCUCCCCACCAGCCGAGCACGAAUACCACAGUAUUGACGUCAACUACAAUAUAACAGCAGUCGAAGUUCAGACUGCAGACCCUCCAUCUGCCCAAAGCCUGCAUAUAGCUUCAACCAAGACACCCUUUGCUUUCCCCCCAGCAGCAGUGAAUAAUGGAGCCCCUAUACACGUUGGCACAGGUUUCCCACUUCCGCCCGUGCCUCCUCUGAGACCUUGCAUGGCACCUCCACCACCAGGUCCCCCUCCUCCACCUCUUCCUCCCCCGGCUGUCCCACUACAACUUUCAGCCCUCCGUGGAAACACUGGAGCUGAAGUACAACCAGUCAGAGAUGUCAGGAGUGACCUGCUAUCUGCAAUCCGCAUGGGCAUCCAGUUGAAAAAAGUGCAAGAGCAGCAGGAGUUGCAGAGUAAGCAUGACCCCGUCGGGAAUGACGUGGCCACCAUCCUUUCACGGCGCAUUGCAGUGGAGUACACGGACUCUGAUGACGACUCAGAACUGGAUGACAAUGAAUGGUCGGACUGACUGCUGUGAGGCGUCAUUGAACCUUCGGUGCGACUAAAAACAUUUUUAAGAGUACUGUAUUUUUCAAACUAUCAAGCAUACCGCAUUAUAAAGUGCAUUAGUGCAUAAAUGUAAAGCAUUUGUUCUUUUUCUUUUAACAUUGUAAUUAAUGUUUUAUUUAUCAAUGAAUUAUUGGUUUUAUUUAUUGGUUUGAUGAAUGCUGUAUGUGUGUCUUGAAAGGUUGAAGGUCAUAACGCACAAACAGAAUUUUGGGGAAAAAAAGGAUUUUAAGUGCGCCAUAAAGUCCGAAAAAUAUGGUGUAUGACUUUAUAAUAUUGUGGCGUCAUUAUUCAUGUGUGUUUUCUCAUCUUUGGAUAAAAACUCACAACAAGGAAAUCUCCGAGAACAAGAGCGUCUUGUUUCUUCUGAUACACAAUUCGGACUCCUAAAUCAAGGCCAACUUUUUCAGUUAAAAUAUACCAAAUUCCCCAUGGCAUUUUCCUCUUCUUGAUUAUUCAAGGCAUGGAGUACAAUUGAACACACCAUUUAGUAAACCUUAAUUCGUAAAAGGAGUGUAUAUGAAUGUUUAAAUAAAUGCCCAAUGCUUUUUGAGACACGUCUUCAAGGACCAACAUGAAAAUUCAUUAAUGACUGCUGCAAUAAUUAAAUGUUCCUAUUUUUGUAAUAUUUUUUAUGCCACAAAUUACCUGUUGUUGUAUGUCUGACACAUCUUUAUAUUUGUUUGUAAUUACUGUCAUAAUGCACUAUGGACACUUGGACAGUCUCCCUACCUUUCAUUCCAAAUCUUUUUUUUUUUUUUUUUUUUUUUUUUUUUUUUUGUAAUAUUAUUACAUAGACAUAUAACACACACACACGAAAAAACAGAACUGCAAUAUUGCAGCACUGGCUGGAAUUGUUACUCAAUAAAAUGAAUCAAAUA